GGCGCCCGCCGGACGAGCGACUUCGGAGCGCGCUUGGUGGCCGCUGUUUCUCCGGCCCGCCCGGUUAGCCGUCUGGCGGCGCGCUGAGGAAGGGGGCGCUCGCCAGCACCUACCCCCCGCCUAACAUCUUCCCCGGGCCCGGGAAGAAUGUGCCACCAGCUGUUCUCCGCCCGGGAGCGCCGAGCCCGGGACUGAGGAACUUGGGGGCCGAGGAGACAAAGGCUGCUGGGGGGAGGGUGGGGGUGUUCGGAGACCUGGGGUUCGGGUGCACGGAAGGCGGGCGCGCGAUGGCCGCGGGGACGCCCCGCGCGCGCGAGCUCCUCGGUGCGGCGCCGUGACUCGCCGGGUUCCCGGGCCCCGCCGCGCUGACGUCCGCCGGCCGCGCUCGGCGGGCCGGGGAGCCAGGGCUCCGGAACAAUGGACAACUUCUUCCCCGAGGGAACGCGCGUCUGGCUGAGAGAAAAUGGCCAGCAUUUUCCAAGCACUGUAAAUUCCUGCGCAGAGGGUGUCGUUGUCUUCGGGACAGACUAUGGUCAGGUGUUCACGUACAAACAGAGCACAAUUACUCACCAGAAGGUGACCUCUAUGCACCCCAUGCAUGAGGAGGGCGUGGAUGACAUGGCUUCCCUGACAGAGCUCCACAGCGGGUCCAUCAUGUACAACCUAUUCCAGCGGUAUAAGAGAAAUCAGAUAUAUACCUACAUCGGCUCCAUCAUCGCCUCGGUGAACCCCUACCGGCCCAUCGCCGGCCUGUACGAGCGCGCCGCCAUGGAGCGCUACAGCCGGCGCCACCUGGGCGAGCUGCCGCCGCACAUCUUCGCCAUCGCCAACGAGUGCUACCGCUGCCUGUGGAGGCGCCACGACAACCAGUGCGUGCUCAUCAGUGGUGAGAGUGGAGCUGGUAAAACGGAAAGCACCAAGUUGAUCCUCAAGUUCCUCUCAGUCAUCAGCCAACAGUCUUUGGACUUGUCCUUAAAGGAGAAGACAUCCUGCGUUGAACAGGCUAUUCUUGAAAGCAGUCCCAUCAUGGAAGCUUUUGGCAAUGCGAAGACCGUGUACAACAACAAUUCCAGUCGCUUUGGGAAGUUUGUUCAGCUGAACAUCUGUGAGAAGGGCAAUAUUCAGGGCGGAAGGAUCGUAGAUUAUUUAUUAGAAAAAAAUCGAGUAGUGAGACAAAAUCCUGGGGAAAGAAAUUAUCACAUAUUCUAUGCGCUGCUGGCAGGGCUGGAACAUGGAGAGAAAGAAGAGUUUUAUUUAUCUGUGCCUGAAAACUACCAUUACUUGAAUCAAUCUGGAUGUACAGAAGACAAGACCAUCAAUGACAAGACAUCCUUUAAAGAAGUUAUUAUGGCAAUGGAAGUAAUGCAGUUCAGCAAAGAGGAAGUUCGGGAAAUUCUGAGGUUGCUUGCUGGAAUUCUGCAUCUGGGCAACAUAGAGUUCAUCACUGCUGGUGGGGCGCAGGUUUCCUUCAAAACAGCUUUGGGCAGGUCUGCAGAGUUACUUGGGCUGGACCCAACACAGCUCACGGAUGCUCUGACCCAGAGAUCGAUGUUCCUCAGGGGAGAAGAGAUCCUCACGCCUCUCAAUGUCCAGCAGGCAGUAGACAGCAGAGACUCGUUGGCCAUGGCCCUUUAUUCACGCUGCUUCGAGUGGGUGAUCAAGAAGAUUAACAGCAGGAUCAAGGGCAAAGAUGACUUCAAAUCUAUUGGCAUCCUUGAUAUCUUCGGGUUUGAAAACUUCGAGGUGAACCACUUUGAGCAGUUCAAUAUCAACUAUGCAAAUGAAAAACUUCAGGAAUACUUCAACAAGCACAUUUUUUCUUUAGAACAACUAGAAUAUAGCAGAGAAGGACUGGUGUGGGAAGAUAUUGAUUGGCUGGACAAUGGAGAAUGCCUUGACUUGAUUGAGAAGAAACUUGGCCUCCUCGCCCUUAUCAAUGAAGAAAGCCACUUUCCUCAAGCCACGGACAGCACCUUGUUGGAGAAGUUACACAAUCAACAUGCGAAUAACCACUUCUAUGUGAAGCCCAGAGUUGCAGUGAACAACUUUGGAGUGAAGCACUAUGCUGGAGAGGUGCAGUAUGAUGUCCGAGGCAUUCUGGAAAAGAACAGAGACACCUUCAGGGAUGACCUUCUCAACCUGCUAAGAGAAAGCCGGUUCGACUUCAUCUAUGACCUCUUUGAGCAUGUCUCCAGCCGCAACAACCAGGACACCUUGAAAUGCGGAAGCAAACACCGGCGGCCCACGGUCAGCUCGCAGUUCAAGGACUCCCUGCAUUCCUUAAUGGCAACGCUAAGCGCCUCUAAUCCUUUCUUUGUUCGCUGUAUCAAGCCCAACACACAGAAGAUGCCGGACCAGUUUGACCAGGCUGUUGUGCUAAACCAGCUGAGGUACUCGGGCAUGCUGGAGACAGUGAGGAUCCGCAAAGCCGGCUAUGCGGUGCGAAGGCCCUUCCAGGAUUUUUACAAAAGGUAUAAAGUGCUCAUGAGGAACGUGGCCCUGCCCGAGGAUAUCCGUGGAAAGUGCACGGUACUCCUGCAGCUCUACGACGCUUCCAGCAGCGAGUGGCAGCUGGGGAAGACCAAGGUCUUCCUUCGGGAGUCCUUGGAGCAAAAGCUGGAGAAACGGCGGGAGGAGGAAGUCUAUCAGGCAGCCAUGGUGAUCCAGGCCCACAUCCUGGGCUACUUGGCAAGAAAGCAGUACAGAAGGGUCCUUUAUUGUGUGGUGACCAUACAGAAGAAUUACAGAGCCUUCCUUCUGAGGAAGAGAUUUUUACACCUGAAAAAAGCAGCCAUCGUGUUCCAGAAGCAACUCCGAGGGCAGCUUGCACGUAGAGUUUACAGACAACUGCUGGCAGAGAAACUGGAGCAAGAGGAAAGGAAGAAGCAAGAGGAAGAAGAGAAGAGAAAGCGGGAGCAAGAAGAGAGAGAAAGAGCACAAAGAGAAGCAGAGCUCCGGGCCCAGCAGGAGGCGGAGGCCCGGAAGCGGGCGGAGCGGGAGGCCCUGCGGCGGAGCGCGCGGGAACUGCAGCGGCAGCAGGAGAACCGGCAGGUGGAGGAGAUCCUGCGGCUGGAGAAGGAGAUCGAGGACCUGCAGCGCAUGAAGGAGCGGCAGGAGCUGUCGCUGACGCAGGCCUCGCUGCAGAAGCUGCAGCGGCUGCGGGACGAGGAGCUGCGGCGGCUGGAGGACGAGGCGUGCCGGGCGGCGCAGGAGUUCCUGGAGAGCCUCAACUUCCACGAGAUCGACGAGUGCGUGCGGCACAUCGAGCGCUCGCUGUCCGAGGGCGGCGGCGAGGGCGAGGGCCCGGGCCCGGGCGAGGGCGGGAAGCCCCGCUUCAACUUCAGCCAGCCGUACCCCGAGGACGGGGAGGACGGGGAGGGCCCGGCCCCCGCGGAGGAGGAGGAGGAAGAGGAGGAGGAGGAGGAGGUGGACGAGGGCUUCGAGGCCGACGACGACGCCUUCAAGGACUCGCCCAACCCCAGCGAGCACGGGCACUCGGACCAGCGCACCAGCGGCAUCCGCACGAGCGAUGACUCCUCGGAGGAGGACCCCUACAUGAACGAGCCGCGGCCCGCCGCCGCCGCCCCCGCCGCGCCCUGCGCCCCCGGCCCGCCGCCCCCGCCCGCGCCCCCGGGGCCCGCGCCGCCCGCCAGCCCGCGCGGCUCCUCCAGCGGCGAGUCCGCCUACUGCCUGCCCCAGAGCCCCGGGGACGCGCCCUGCCCCGACGACUACGAGGACGGGGCCGCCAGCAGCGCCGCCUUCUCCCACUCCUACGGCAGCCAGUGGUCCCCGGACUACCGGGGCUCCGUGGGCACCUACAACAGCUCGGGGGCCUACCGGUUCAGCUCCGAAGGGGCGCAGUCCUCGUUUGAAGACAGCGAAGAGGACCUGGACUCCAGGUUUGACACGGACGACGAGCUCUGUUACAGGCGAGACUCGGUGUACAGCUGCGUCACCCUGCCUUACUUCCACAGCUUCCUGUACAUGAAAGGUGGCCUGAUGAACUCCUGGAAGCGCCGCUGGUGUGUCCUCAAGGACGAGACCUUCCUGUGGUUCCGCUCCAAGCAGGAGGCCCUCAAGCAAGGCUGGCUCCACAAGAAAGGGGGAGGCUCCUCCACCCUGUCCCGGAGAAACUGGAAGAAGCGCUGGUUCGUCCUCCGCCAGUCCAAGCUGAUGUACUUUGAAAACGACAGUGAGGAGAAGCUCAAGGGCACCCUAGAAGUCCGGACGGCCAAAGAGAUCAUCGACAACACCAGCAAAGAGAACGGGAUUGAUAUCAUUAUGGCCGACAGGACCUUCCACCUGAUCGCUGAGUCCCCAGAGGAUGCAAGCCAGUGGUUCAGCGUCCUGAGUCAGGUCCACGCGUCCACCGACCAGGAGAUACGGGAGAUGCACGAUGAGCAGGCGAACCCACAAAAUGCCGUGGGCACGUUGGACGUGGGACUGAUUGAUUCUGUGUGCGCCUCCGACAGCCCUGAUAGACCCAACUCAUUCGUGAUCAUCACAGCCAACCGCGUGCUGCACUGCAACGCCGACACGCCCGAGGAAAUGCACCACUGGAUCACACUGCUGCAGAGAUGCAAGGGCGACACGCGGGUGGAGGGCCAGGAGUUCAUCGUGAGGGGGUGGUUACACAAAGAAGCAAAGAACAGUCCAAAGAUGUCUUCACUGAAGCUGAAGAAGCGCUGGUUCGUCCUGACGCACAACUCCCUGGAUUACUACAAGAGCUCGGAGAAGAACGCGCUGAAGUUGGGGACCCUGGUCCUCAACAGCCUGUGCUCGGUCGUGCCUCCGGACGAGAAGAUAUUCAAAGAGACAGGCUACUGGAACGUCACGGUGUAUGGGCGCAAGCACUGCUACCGGCUCUACACUAAGCUGCUCAACGAAGCCACCAGGUGGGCCAGCGCCAUUCAAAACGUGACCGACACCAAGGCCCCUAUCGACACCCCCACCCAGCAGCUGAUCCAAGAUAUCAAGGAGAACUGCCUGAACUCGGACGUGGUAGAGCAGAUCUACAAGCGGAACCCCAUCCUACGAUACACACACCACCCCCUGCACUCCCCGCUCCUGCCCCUGCCCUACGGGGACAUAAAUCUCAACUUGCUCAAAGACAAAGGCUAUACCACCCUCCAGGACGAAGCCAUCAAGAUAUUCAAUUCCCUACAGCAGCUGGAGUCCAUGUCUGACCCCAUCCCCAUCAUCCAGGGCAUCCUGCAGACCGGGCACGACCUCCGGCCUCUGCGGGACGAGCUCUACUGCCAGCUCAUCAAACAGACCAACAAGGUGCCCCACCCGAGCAGCGUGGGCAACCUGUACAGCUGGCAGAUCCUGACGUGCCUCAGUUGCACCUUCCUGCCCAGCCGGGGCAUCCUCAAGUACCUCAAGUUCCACCUCAAGAGGAUUCGGGAACAGUUUCCAGGAACUGAGAUGGAAAAAUACGCCCUGUUCAUCUACGAGUCUCUUAAGAAAACCAAAUGCAGAGAGUUUGUGCCUUCUCGGGAUGAGAUCGAAGCUCUGAUCCACAGACAGGAGAUGACCUCGACGGUGUACUGUCAUGGCGGGGGCUCCUGCAAGAUCACCAUCAACUCCCACACCACCGCGGGGGAGGUAGUGGAAAAGUUGAUCCGGGGCCUGGCCAUGGAAGACAGCAGGAACAUGUUCGCCUUGUUUGAGUACAACGGCCACGUGGACAAGGCCAUUGAAAGCCGCACCAUCGUAGCGGACGUGUUAGCCAAGUUUGAGAAGUUGGCUGCUACGUCCGAAGCGGGGGACUUGCCGUGGAAAUUCUACUUCAAACUCUACUGUUUCCUGGACACCGACAACGUGCCGAAAGACAGCGUGGAGUUCGCCUUCAUGUUUGAGCAGGCCCACGAAGCUGUGAUCCACGGCCACCACCCGGCCCCCGAAGAAAACCUGCAGGUCCUGGCCGCCCUGCGGCUCCAGUACCUGCUGGGCGACCACUCGCCGCAGGCCGCCCUCCCGCCGCUCGAGGAGAUCUACUCCCUGCAGAGGAUCAAGUCCCGCAUCAGCCAGUCCACCAAAAGCUUCACCCCGAGCGAGAGGCUGGAGAAGAGGCGGACCAGCUUCCUGGAGGGGACGCUGAGGCGCAGCUUCCGCACCGGCACCGCGCUGCGCCAGAAGGCGGAGGAGGAGCACAUGCUGGACAUGUGGGUGAAGGAGGAGCUGUGCUCGGCCCGCGCCAGCAUCGUCGACAAGUGGAGGAAGCUCCAGGGCACGAACCAGCAGCAGGCCAUGGCCAAGUACAUGGCCCUGAUCAAGGAGUGGCCCGGCUACGGGUCAGCGCUGUUCGACGUGGAGUGCAAGGAGGGCGGCUUCCCCCAGGAGCUGUGGCUGGGCGUCAGCGCCGACGCCGUCUCGGUGUACAAGCGCGGGGAAGGAAGGCCGUUGGAAGUCUUUCAGUACGAACACAUUCUCUCCUUCGGGGCACCGCUGGCCAACACGUACAAGAUCGUGGUGGAUGAGCGGGAGCUGCUCUUUGAAACCACUGAGGUGGUGGACGUGGCCAAGCUCAUGAAAGCCUACAUCAGCAUGAUCGUGAAGAAGCGCUACAGCACCACCCGCUCCGUGAGCAGCCAGGGCAGCUCCAGGUGAAGGCCGCCGAGCGAGCCCCUGUGAUCCGCGUCGGACUGCGCCUGCGCCGGCCUGGGGGCGCCCUGACCCCCGCCCGCCACCCGCCGGAGGCCGAGCCGCCCGGGCGUCCCGGAAGCCCUGUGUGGGAGGGGAGGAGCCUCGGGGGACAGGGUCCUCCGCCCUGUCAACGCUCACGCAUUAAGCUGUCACCCUUCACAGUCUGCACAGUUUCCAAAGCUUUACUAUUAGAUGACACAUGCCUUAAUAAAGAAAGCGGGGGAGCAGAGCCACGCUGCCACCAAAGCAGCCGCAAGUGCCUUAGCCGGUGGAAGGCGCGGCCCGCGUGGCCGGGCCGCACGGGUGCUACUGACCGGAGGCCCCGCCCCUUCCGGGGAGACGUGCGUGCGUGCGUGCGUGCGGAGCGUGGAAGCACCCAAGAUGCACUAGCCUCCCAGCCUGACUUGCCCGAGGGGGCGGGGGGGGGGGAAGAAACAGGUGGUUGAAGAUGGGGCGCUGCUGGCAGCCUUCCUCGUGAGCGGGCGCGCGUUCACGUUUCGCUUCGGUUCGUCUCCGUGUCUGCUUGCCCGCGCAUGCGCGCACGCACGCACGCGCUCACAAACCCCACACUUUAGUCCUUGCUUCGCGCGCGUUCCACACGCAGGGAAAAGGAUGUGCAAUGGUGUAAACGGUCUGUCUGUCUUCAUAGCUGGAGUCUUCCGCGGCCCCUUUGGUAGUCUGCGAGCUAGGGGUCAUUAACCGGCAGGACCCUGCGUUUCCCCGUCUUGGCUGUGUUCUGGAGGAACGUGUUUUGCCUCGGUUUUGUUGUUCAUGUAGCAAAGUCUGCAAUCUGUAUCUGCUGAAACUCCGACAGAUCUGCAGCUUCCCGGAGAACUGUAUUUAUAAACCACUCUUUUAAACUGCUGGCUCCAGUGCGAUUUUUUUAGAACAGUACAAAGUCAUUUUUUUGGAGUCUUGUGUGUGUAAACUUGUUAAGUUAAAAAAAAAUGUUUGUUGUUUCUGUUUUGUUUUUCUUUGCAAGUUAGCUCCUGUCAAUCUGGAUAGGUUGCAGAUAAAAAAAAAACAAACAAAAAACUCUGUUGACCAUGGGCAAGCCAUUGCAUUCCUAGGGAGGGGACAGUGAAGGCGAUCUGUCACGCAUCCCGCCAUUGAAUGCGGAGUGAGUGCAGCUUCCACCAGACACCCGGGGACGCGUCCCAAGUUUAUCAUGGUGGCUGAGACAAGGCACAGGGAGUAUACUAUCAGCAUUUUUCACCAGAAGAAAAAUAAUCUGGACUUUUAUUUUUAUAUGGAAAAAUUAUGAAGACUUAGGCCAACUAAGUCUCCUCACAAACAACAAUGCAAUUUGCCUUAUCCCUUGUGGACAGCUGUGUGAACGUACUGUUUGUUGGCUCACUGAAUUCAGACAAUAAAUGAUAUUAGCUAA